UAUAUUGGUUAAAGCAACAGUAACUGAAUAGCUGUAUAAGGCUAUAUACUGUACCUGAAACAAGCUGAGCAAAACCUGAUUUUUUCCACUGAAUUUUUGCGAAAAAUUUAUAAAACCACUUUGACAGAAUUUUUUUCUAAAAGACAUCACAGAAAGACUUGGGACGUUUUUUGGGUCAUCCUUAAACAUUGGAGUAUUAACAAUCUCUACUGAACAAACCAAAAGAACUAGAAGAGGACAACCAGACCCCAUACCACACGGUCAACAUGAGCAUGACUGGUACUCUAGAGAAUGGAGCUGUCCACCAGGCCCUUGACCUCUCUGAGGAUCUCCCACCAAACCACCACCAGCAGGUUCAUCUCAAGCACAGCGGCUCCACGGAUUCCACGUCUGCAGCUGGGACUCCCAACAGCGACUCUGGGGUGGUGGUGCCUCCUCCGUAUUCUGCACCAGUGGGUGGAGGUGGUGAGGCUCCCCUUGAGCUGAGGGGCUCUCUGGACUGUUGGGCAUGUUCUGUACUCAUUACAGCCCAGAACCUGGUGAUAGCCACUAUUAACAUGUGCCUGGCUGCAUUAGUGUUUGGCCUGAUCCUCACUCCUGUCAUAGUUAUGGUGGUGUUUGGAUUUCUGUGCCACUCCACUGUGCGUCCACAUGGCACAUCACUCUACUGUUCAGACCUGCUGAGUGACGGAGGCUGUGUGGCUUUGUUAAUUGUGGGCUUCCUGCUCGUCACCCCACUGCUCGUUCUGGCAUUGGCUGCAUACUGCAGACUGGCUCGUCACCUGCAGCUCAACCUUUGUUUCAUCCCUUAUAGUCGUGCUGUCUACAAAAACAUGCCUGCCACAUACCAUUAUGGCCUGGGAGGAGGCUGCUGUGGACAAGACGCAGGUCAAGACACAAAGAAGGGUAAAGUGUGGGUAUGA